CUAUUUUCUCUUCAAUUCUCUUAACACCUCUCUCUCGCGAAGAGAAUCUAACCAAAACCUAACCAUUACCAUAAACAAAGACAAAGUAUGGGAAGAGCACCUUGCUGUGAUAAAAAUGGGCUGAAAAAAGGGCCAUGGACGCCGGAAGAGGAUCAGAAGUUGAUUGAUUAUAUUCAAAAACAUGGUUGUGGAAAUUGGAGGACACUGCCAAAGUAUGCUGGGCUGCAAAGAUGUGGAAAGAGUUGCCGUCUUCGAUGGACCAACUACUUGAGGCCUGAUAUCAAGAGAGGAGGAUUUUCUUUUGAAGAGGAAGAGACAAUAAUUCAGCUACACAGUAUAUUGGGCAACAAGUGGUCAGCCAUUGCUGCGCGGUUGCCAGGAAGAACAGACAACGAAAUCAAAAACUAUUGGAACACUCACAUUAGAAAGAAGCUUCUUCGAAUGGGAAUUGAUCCGGUGACCCAUAGUCCUCGACUGGAUCUUCUUGAUCUCUCCUCAAUCCUAAGCUCAUCUGAUCUCUACAAUCAAUCUCAAAUGAAUAUGUCAAGGCUACUCGGAGUUCAAUCCUUCUUUAACCCUGAGCUUCUAAGGCUAGCCACUUCUCUCAUGUCACCUCAACGUGAAAACCAAAACCAAAAUCAAAACCAGAAUUUCCUCCUUCAAAAUGUUGAAGAAAACCGACUUUGCAGUUCCCAAGGCCAAAACAGAUAUCAACCAUUAGUGCAAUCUAACCAUCUCCCAACGCAAGUCCAAGAAAUCCCAAGUUGCAACUCGUUGAAUACUCCUUGUAGUAUUCCAUUUUCUAACGAAGCACAAGUCAUGAACCUCAAUGUGGACCAAUGUCCAUCAAAUCUCACCGACUUAAGUGACUGGCAAGGCAAUGCGAUACCUUCAAACUUGACUGAAGAUUACGUGCCGCUAAUGCCAAACUAUAACUAUUACGGCUCUGAUCAAACCCUGGCCCCUUCAGCAGAAACCUCAAUUUUCCAUUCAAACAACAGCAACCAGAGCUUCAGCUUCGCGUCAGUUAUAUCAACGCGUUCAUCAAGUCCUACUCCAUUGAACUCUAGUUCAACAUACAUCAACAGCUGCAGCACUGAAGACGAAAGAGAGAGCUAUUGCAGCAACAUUUUGAAGCUUGAAAUCCCAGACAUUUUGGAGGCUAAUGAAUUCAUGUAGUUCCAAAAUCAGAAACUUACAAAAAUGAGCCUCCCUUUAUGUCCAUUGUGGAGGAUGUUGAUAAGUGUAAAAUUUUCUACUAAAUUACUGUAUUAGGAAUCAA